AAAAAGAAAGAUGAGAAGACCAAACAAGCUUUCCAGAGCUUUUUCAUCAAACCUAAGGAUAAUAACGUGAAACCAGCAACUCCAAAAUCCACCACUGGAAUGUUUAUUCCAUUUGAGCUAAAGAAAGAUAUGCACCUGGCACCUGCUGUCAGACGAGAUGCUCUCACAGAAGACAAGAAGAACAACUUGGAUCAGACCCUGGCUAAUGCUGAGAAUUAUGUAAACACAUACUUGGCGCAGCUGAAAAAUGGGGAUGUAAAGCCACACAGGACUGGCAGAGUUUUACGGGUAAACCCACAGCCUGAAGAGGAUGUUGAAAUAGUUCACGACUCGGAGGCCCUAAAGAAAGUCACUUAUUGUGUCAAGAUUCUACAGUUCCAUACCGACUAUAGGCCACCUUAUUGUGGCACUUGGAGGAAGAAGCCAGCUCUGUCUGCCAGAAAUCCAUGGAAGAAAGAUGAGACUGUGUUUGAUUACGACGUCGACAGUGACGAGGAGUGGGAGGAGGAAGAGCCUGGAGAAAGUUUGUCAUGUUCAGAU